UGUGCUGGCUACAGUGAGUUUGAGCAUUAUACAAGUUGUGGUCACCAUGAAGAUAUCUUCCUAUCGUGCAGAGGUCUAUGCUCUCCAGGUACGUAUCGCAUCUCCGGGCCGUGUACACAAUGUCCAGUCAAUACUUACAAAGCUGUUGUUGGAUUUCAGGCAUGUACCAAUUGUCCUGAAUCGUCAACUUCGAACCCAGGUUCCAUUAACUGUUCCUGCAAACCAGGCAAGUUUUGGAGCUCUGGGUCGUGUACAGAAUGUCCAGUCAACACUUACAAAGCUGUUGUUGGAUUUCAGGCAUGUACCAAUUGUCCAGAAUCGUCAACUUCGAACCCGGGUUCCAUAAAAUGUUCCUGCGAACCAGGCAGGUUUUGGAGCUCCGGGUCGUGUACAGAAUGCCCUGCCAACGCUUACAAAGCUGUUGCUGGAUCACAGGCAUGUACCAAUUGUCCUGAAUUGUCCACUGCAAACCAAGGCUCCACCUACUGCUCGUGUAAACCAGGUAUGUUUUGGAACCAAACCACAUGCCACAAUUGCUCCCAAGGAUUGGUGAGUCCACAUAAUACCACACAAUGUAGCGAGUGUCCAUCAGGUUCUACUGCAUUUGAAAACGGAACAAAAUGUAGCUGUCCGAUAGGAACAGUGUGGAAUUGGGCAGCUCAAACCAGCGGAUCCUGUACUCGUUGUAAAAGAGACACUUAUAGUGCUGACGGAAUGUCUGCCUGUCUACAGUGUCCGUCACUUUCUACCUCUACAGCAGGUUCUAGGAGUUGCCUGUGUCUUCCAGGAACCUUUAAGAACCCCAACAUGACCUCGUGUACCAUAUGCCCAGCGGGAACAUCUUCAAACAUAGGCUCGGAAUAUUGCAUCUGUUCAUCGGGACAGUAUUGGAACGGUACUAUAUGUAAAAAAUGUGCCCAGGGGACAGUCAGUCAGGAAAGUUCACUGCGCUGCAAAUCUUGUCCUGCUGGAAAUCUAACACUGAGUGGAGGAACAGAAUGUGCCUGUCCAGCAGGAACAGUUUGGAAGUGGGAUGAGCUCCAUCACGGGUCUUGUAAGCAAUGUCUUCCUGGCACUUACAAGAGUGAGCUCAUGCUUUCUUGUACAGUUUGUCCCGAAGGAACGACAUCAACUGCACGCUUUGACUUCUGUACGUGUACUUCCGGCAUGUUUUGGAAUGGUACCAGAUGUGAUGACUGCCCUCAAGGCUUAGCAAGUCCACAAGGAUCCGACCAGUGUCUUGACUGCCCAUAUGGAUCCAAGGCAUUUAAAAGCGGCUCAUCCUGUAGCUGUCCAAUCGGUAGUCAGUGGGAAUGGAACGCUCUAACAAAUGGCUCCUGUACCCUCUGUCCACCUGGAACCUUCAAGGGUGAGCUCAUGCUGUCGUGUUUAAGUUGCCCCAAAGGAUCAUCAUCAAACCUAGGCUAUGGAUACUGCAUCUGUGAGUCUGGCCAGUUUUGGAACCAAACGAGUUGCCAAAACUGCAGUUACGGAUUUGCCAGUGUUCGAGGUGCUCUUCGGUGUCAAGCUUGCCCUGCAGGAACAUCUCAAGAUCCCAGUGUAAAGUCAUCCUGCAUAUGUCCAAGAGGGAAGGUCUGGAGCUGGAGUGAGAGAGGUGAGGGGUCAUGUUUGUCUCUUCCACAAAGUCUGAGUGUAGUUCUAAUACUAGCUGGUAAUGGUAUAGCAGCACUUCUGGCUGGCAUUUCGUUCACUAUUGGCUUGCUUCUGUUCCGUGAGAAGAGAAAGAAGAGGGAGGAGGGGCCAGUAAGAGUUCGUUACAAUGCAGAGGAAGGAGUGAAGAUUGAUGGCCAGGAAGAAAGGGGUAUCUCUGUAGUGGGCCACCCAGUAGAGAGUCAUAUGAUGCUUGAUGAGGGAGGAAAUUGUGGCUCUACAGCGCAGGAUGGACAAGGAAGCUUCCUGGACAGUGAGAACAUCUAUGAUAAUAUAGAUUCGUAGACAUCUACAGUAUGCAAGGUUGCAGGUGAACACGUGAGUGCUGAGUUUACUCCGACAUUAAACUGCUAGGUGAGUCGAAAGUGAAACUCAUAAUGAGUGGACAGAAGACAUGAACAGCAUACAUGAAUCAUGAUUAAAUCAAUAUGUUUUAGUA